AUAAACGUUGUUUCUCGUUUACGAAACAGUCAUUCGUCAAAAUAUCAAGUGCCUUGUAAAAUGUUUCCUUUGAUACUUGUUGGUUUUCUUUUAUGUGGAGUUUAUGGUAUUACUGAAGAACAACAGCAAAUAAUGGAUUCUCUUCACGCGGAAUGUACUUCCCAGACUGGUGUAUCAGAAGAUCUAAUAGUGAAUGCACGAAAUGGCGAUUUUUCCGAGGACAAUAAGCUUAAAUGUUACAUGAAGUGUAUCUUUGAAGAAUUGGGAGCAUUGGAAGACGAUGGAUCAAUUGAUGUGGAUGGCAUGAUUGCAAUACUACCUGAUGAAAUAAAAGAAACAGCCACUCCUAUUUUCACGAAAUGUGGCACACAAGCUGGUGUUGAUGUCUGCGAUGCCAUAUUCCAAACUCAUAAAUGUUACUAUGCUGGAAAUCCUCAGAUGUACUUUCUACCCUAGGCGAAGAAUCUGGAUCGUGAAGCUGAGCAACCAUGAAUGAUAAUUAGAAUCAAGAGACCAUAUUGUGAAUUUAUAUAAUGUACCGCAAUGACAAUAUUCAUUAGACGAAAUCUGCUCCAAUAUUUCAACUUUUUUUUAUAUUGUCUGCUAGCCAAAUAAAAGCAAAAUAGUCGUA